AUGGAGGACAACUCGAGUGAAUGUCAGGCGAAGGAGCUAUCUGUGCUGGUCGUUGGCGCGGGAAUCGCAGGUCUCUGCACGGCGAUCGCCCUUCGUCGAGCCGGGCAUAGAGUAAAGAUCCUGGAGCGCUCGCCACUGCUCGACGAAAUCGGCGCCGCCAUCACGCUCGCACCGCACGCCGUCAAGAUCUUCCGGUCAUGGGGGCUGGACGACGCCAAAAUAGCCCAGGCCAGGCUCAUCCCCCGACUGGGCCAGACGUUCAUCGACGCCACGACGCUCGAGGAGCUGGCGCCCACGGACCGCACCGACUUCGCUGGCGUGUACGGGGCGCCGUACCUGUUCGCGCACCGCGUCGACCUGCACGCCAUGCUGCGGACGAUGGCGACGGGUCCCGACGGUCCCGGUCGACCGGCGGAGGAACCCCCGGCUGACCUGGUCGUGGCGGCCGAUGGGGUGCACUCGCGGGCGGCGUCGCACGUUCUAGGCCACGACGUCGACUGUGCCGCGCACGCGACCGACAGCACGGUCAUCCGCUUCCUGAUCCCGACGCGCGAGAUUCUUGAAGACCCGCACACGGCGCCGUUGCUACGACGGUACGGCGACGGCCACUGCUCGUUCUACCUGCACGCAGACCGCCAGCGGUGGCUGGUGCGGUACCCGUGUCGGGACAACACGCUGCAGAACUUUGGCAUGUACAUGUACGUCGACGACGACGAAGAGGAGCAGCAGAAUCGCCGAGGGUGGACCCAGCAAUGUGGCCCUGACGACCUGCGUGCCGCCAUGGCGGGAUUCCACCCGACGCUCCUCCGCCUCUGCGACAAGACCGACAACACCAUCCUGCCCCUGUGGCGGUGUGCAGAACGCGACCCCCUACCCAGGUGCCAGCGCGACAGGCUCGUCUUGAUCGGCGACGCGUGCCACCCCAUGCUCCCACACCGGGGCUUCGGGGCCAUCAACGCGAUCGAGGACGCCGCCGCGCUGGGCGUUCUCUUUGAAGACUUUGGUCUCUUCCGCGCAGGUCGAGAUCGUGAGUCAAUCCCAAUCCCAACCCCAACCCCAACCCCAUCUGCGGCAUCAGUGCCGAAGUCGAUGUCUGCACCAGUAUCUGUAUCCAUCUCCGCCCUCCUCGAAACCUUUGAGCACAUCCGCCUCCCCCGCGCCUCAAUCGCCCAGCUGUACUCGCAGGUCGCGACGAACAAGGACCCCACGCUUGAAAGACGACGCGAGGCCGCGAAGCUGCUUCCGGAGGACGAGUUGCCUGGUAAGUAA